AUGCCAACGCUCUCCGCCCUCUCUCCCUCGUUCCCGUCGCUCGUCUCUCUCGCAGCCUCUCUUAGCCACCAUGUUCCAGACCUCUCUCAUGCCGUACGCUCUGGCGCUAACCACACCUCGCACUUUCUCGCGAGACGCGCGUCCGAGCACCCCAGCCCUGGCCAAAUUAUCGCAGGAGGCAUUCUCAUACCCGUCCUUGUCUUGUUGUCUGGUCUUUUUGCCGGUCUAACCCUAGGGUACAUGAGUCUGGACGAGACACAGUUGCAUGUUCUACGUAUCAGCGGGACGCCUGAGCAGCGCAAGUACGCCGAACAGAUUGAGCCGAUUCGCAAGAACGGGCAUCUACUACUCGUCACAUUACUACUAGCCAACAUGGUAUCCAACGAGACUUUGCCCAUCAUCGCAGAUCCCGUUCUGGGCGGUGGUGCGCAGAGCGUGGUCGUCAGCACCGUGCUCAUCGUAAUCUUCGCGGAAAUCAUCCCUCAGAGCGUCUGUACACGACAUGGUCUCUACAUAGGCGCCAAGAUGGCGCCCUUCAUGCGCAUUCUUCUCUGUACCUUUGGGUUGGUCGCAUGGCCUGUCGCGAAACUCCUGGAGUAUAUCCUAGGUCCACACCACGGCAUCAUGUAUCGUCGCGCAGAGCUCAAGGAGCUCAUUGCCCUGCACGCAAAUGUUGGGCAACUAGGAGGAGAUCUUCGCACGGACACGGUCAAUAUCAUCGGCGCCACUCUCGACUUGCAGGAGAAAACCGCUAGGCAGGCUAUGACGCCCAUAGAUAAGGUGUUCAUGCUGUCUGUCAACGCGAAGCUUGAUUACGCCACUCUACGCCACAUCUGCCUAACCGGACACAGCCGCAUCCCCGUCUACGAGGAGAUCGAACUAACCGGUAUGGACGGACAGCCUGCGAAGACGAAGAAGAUCAUCGGCAUUCUGCUCGUCAAGCAGUGCGUUCUUCUAGACCCAGAAGAUGCCAUACCCGUGCGCAAGAUCCCGCUCAACAAGGUCGUCACAGUUGCCCAGAACGAGCCGCUCCUCGGUAUCCUCGAUCGCUUCCAGGAAGGUCGCUCGCACAUGGCAAUCGUUUCACGUCUUUCCAUCGAGAAAGCCGCAAGCGUCAAGAAAGUCGUGAAGCGUGGCCUCACACAACGUAUCAAGAGUAGCGUCGGUAUAUCCGAUUCCAGCGACGAGGACACCGACAGCGAUGUAGAAGAAGCGGAACACACCGAUACUCGAGUGACGGCUCGCAAAGCUAGCAUGGCAUCCAGCGGAAGCGGCACAUCCACGACCGCCAUCGGCACAGAAUUCACGCGUGAGGACACGGGCUCCAGUAAUGCCUCUGGUGAUGCAAAGGGUACAGGACGAAAGAGCAUCUUCGGCCGUAAGCGUCGCAAGGACAAGAAGCGAGCGCGCAUCGCUGAUCCCGAGAUGGGCGACCCCAGGGUCAGCUCUAGUGGCAAGGCCGAAGGUGAUCCCGUUCCGAUGGAUGAUAUGGCAAGCAAAGCGAAGAAACCCAGCCUUGCUCAGUCCGUCUUUGCGUUGGGCAAAGAGCAGAGUAUGCCAGCCGACGCCGUCUUGAGCGCAGACGCUGCGAAGGACUUCUUGCAAGGCUUCGACCAGUCUGUCGCACCUCUGGGUAUCAUCACGCUCGAAGACGUUCUUGAAGAGCUUAUCGGUGAAGAAAUCUAUGACGAAUUUGACCCGGAAGGCGCUGGACAUGGCGCGCCGUCGAGCUAUAUCCCGCCGAAGUCGCCUGUACACUCCUUGACUCAGCGUGCAUCUGCUCCGGAUCUGAAGAGUGCGGCCGCAGACGAUGUCGUACCGCUCAAGAUCACUGUACCUGCACCUGUAGUCGCUGUAUCAUCCUCGCGCGCUAGUGGUAGUAUGACGCCCCUUCUGCGUCCUCUCAAGAACCUCACCUUCUUGACAAGUCGCUCGCGCUCGGCUCCUCCCGUUCCGCGUGAUGGUCCUCCUUCAGCCGUGCCUGUCGUUGGCGACGUGAAAGAGGAUGAAGAAGUGAACGAGAAGCCUUCCGAGUGCGCUGCCCCGAUGUCGAAGCGCGACUUCGCUUCGGAUGAGGACAAAGAGGACGUACAGUCGCCUGUCCGUGGUCCCACACCUGAAGUAGUGAUCAACCUUCCUCCUACUGAAGACACGGCGCCUGCAGCGCCUAUUGCACCGGUGCCGCGUGUUGCCGCAGUGCAGUCGCAUAGUGCCGCCAACUCGCGUGCAGGAUCCCCUGCGCCUAUCGAGGCCAUCCUUCUCGAUCGCUCGCGCUCCCGCCGUCCCGCAAAUGCGCUCGCUGGAAACGUCACGCCACGCUCCGCCACUCCCAGUCGUGGCGCCCGCUUCAAGAGUGGACCGCUCGGCGUCGUCGUCGCUGAGCAACUUCGCAUGACCAGCGCUAGCGGAACGGUUCCGAAGCCUUCGCGAGGAGACUCUGCCGCUGAGAGGAUACAAGGCGGCGAGAAGGCGGGCGAGAACAUACGAGAGCCGAAGGAUAAGGAGGGUCCGGAUAAACCGUCGGAAGUCUAG